AUAACCUAGAGAUUUUUAAAAGUACAUCUGGGUCUAUGAGAAUCAUACAAGGUCGAGGACAAGAAAUAUCUUAGCUGCGGGUUUUGGUCCUUCAACCGUCAACCGAUGGGUGGUCAGAUCGAAUACGGCGUCCCUGUGCUACACGAGCUAUAACAUCAUUCAACCAUGGAUCUAGGUAAGACGCAGUGCCUGGACCACCAGAUGAUAGGCACAGCACAACAAAGUGCAUACGUACUUCAAAAAGUACUCAAUCUCCAACUCAAUCCCCACAGAAAAAAAAAAACGAACAAACGCUCCAAACUCUCCCCACAUGGCAAUCUUCUGGAAUGCUUAUGUAACACCAACCUCGGUCCCUUUUUUCGAGCUCAACCAGGCUCAACACUUCCAGUAUCUAAUCCUCUUUGCUACCAUUCCUCUCUUUCUCUCGCCGCCAACCCUUCUAAAGGACAUACCCAAAUCAUGGCCUCGAAACAAUCAACGUCCCGCCCCUCAGGGCCCACUGGCCUCACACGCGGCUACCUCUUCACCUACAAUACCGCCAAUCUACUCACCUGGGGAACAUGCCUGCUCUACACAGCCAGUCUUAUCCCGAACGCCCUAGCAUCCAACACCCUCUCUUCGAUCUUCCCCACGACCUUCAACCCACUCCUUCUAGCGACGCAAUCUCUUGCUCUCCUCGAGGUACUGCACAGCCUUGUGCGCCUCGUGCGAGCGCCGUUCAUCACGACCGCUAUGCAGGUCGCGUCGCGACUCCUUGUGGUGUGGGGGAUUCUGGUACCUUUCGGUGGCGAGAUUGUCGGUGCGAGGGGUACACAGGUUGGUGAUUAUGCAUACCUGGGUUGUGUGGCGGCUUGGGGCAUCACGGAGGUAAUUCGGUAUGGGUUCUUUGCCAUUACGCUUUCCGGGGGGAAUGUACCUGCUUGGUGGACGUGGUUGCGGUAUAACACUUUCUACGUGCUAUACCCGAUUGGUAUUACCAGCGAGUGUACUUUGAUUUUCAAGGCCCUGGGUCCUGCGGGUGAAUUGAACCCCUUGUUCCAGUACUUUUUGAUUGCCGUGCUGGUUAUCUACGUGCCUGGCUCUUAUAUCCUGUACACCCACAUGAUUGCCCAGCGCCGCAAGGUUCUCCGCGGCAAGAAGCGUGCUGAUUAGAUACCGUGCUAUCCUGCGUUUACGCAACGAGUCGAGUACAUCAAUUUAUUGUUGGUAGAGAGUGACAUACUGUGGAGUUGAAGGGGGGGAUUCUUCGAGAUACAAAAGUAUCUGUAAUUGUAUAGACUAUGUUUGGUUUUAUGGUGCCAGACCAACGAGUAUAAAUAUCUAAUGAAUAAAUGAUGGAAGUUGAAUCUUCAAGAUUGUGG